GCAUGCGCAGCUACCAUAACUUUUGGGGCGAGGCCGUUACUUUUAAAAACAAACUAUUUUUGUUGUUUAUUAGUGUGAUUUACGCUUGAAAAUGAGUGGCGACGGCACAGAUGUUGCCAAUGGGACUCAGGCUCCCGACGAGACCAGUGACAUCCCUAAAUAUGACCUGUACAUUCGGGCAUCACUUAUUGACAAUGAGACACAAGGGGCGUGUCCGAUGAGUCAACAGGGAUUUAUGCUGUCCUACAUUCUAGCUCAAGAGAAAAAUGUGGAUUUCAAAGUGUGGACUGUCAGCCAAGUUAAUCCUCCAGCAGACUUUAAAGAUAAAAACAGAGCUAAGAUUUACCCAUUUGUUGAGGGUAUUAGUGGAAAAGACACCAAUGGACAGUCAAUAGCCGGUGUUAUGCCAGAGUCAGCUGAUAAAGUGGAAGACUUCUUUGAUUCUGUGAAUUUUGACUGCCCACACUUGAAAAGACCCAAAAAUUUAAAAGACCACAUCUUAGGAAAAGUUGAUGGUAUUACAACACAAUUCAAUGGAUUCCUGAAAGGUUUGAAGUCAGAGGCUGUGUUGACAAACACCCUACAAAAGGUAGAUGAUCACUUGGCAUCGAAUGGCACAACGUUCUUGGAGGGAGACCAGCUGUCGUACACUGACUGCUUUCUGUUGCCACGCCUCCAGCACAUCAUCGUAGCUGGAGAGUACUUCAGAGGCUAUGAAAUUUCAUCAGAUAUGAAACAUUUGUGGCGAUACAUGCGUGAUGCGUAUGACUCCCCAGCCUUCUCUGAAACCUUGCCAGCCGAUGAAGACUUGUGUAAAUUUCACUGGACAAGAUUACCCGACAACUUAAUCACCGAGUUCAGGAAAAAUAAAAUUAAAGGUGUGUUUGGAGUGGAAUCACCUACUCACAAAACUAACAAGAUCCCAGAAAAGAUUGCAAAAAGUUUGGACAGCGCCAGCAACGGUGGUCAUGAUGAUGAUGAUGAUGAUGAGGAGGAGGAACAGGAGCAAAGUAUGGAAUAGACACCCCAACUCUCGGGCACCACGAUGAUCAUGCUGUUAUAUUGCUUAGCAAACCACCAGUCCACUGUGCUGUUGCGCGGUGACGCAUCAUCGCUGUUGUUGUCAUAAUUGUUUGUAACCAAGCAAGCAGAACAAAGAAUGUUACUGAAUGUAUUAUUUGUUACCGAGUUUUUGUACAGACUUUUGCCAAGAUUAUAUCUGUUGUUUGUUUUUAUAAAAGCAUUUCUUGGAUGUUAUGUUGAUUGUAAAAGGUUUUUAUUGGCAAACAUGAAUAUCAAAAAUAAAACUACCUUGAAGUUCAUUUAAGAUAAAUCAUUUAAUUAAUUUGUCUAUCACUGAAUUCAGGAAUUACUGAAGUAUAGUGCUGUGAUAAUAACUAUGGUGUAUGUAAUAGCUCUUCAAAAUGAUAUAACGAUGAGGAAAUGUAAGAUGAAAUUGUACUUGAGUAUCACCAAUGCAAGAUUUUCAUUCCAGACUGUAAAAUAUCAAUUGUAAAGAGAAUUUGGAUUGUUGGUUUGACAUAUCAUAGUGUUAUGCACUUACACCCCUUAUGGAGAUAAGUAGAACAUUUUUGUGAUAUGAGUUACAAGGGUUGUGUAUCAUUGUAUAGUGUGACCCCUUAUAGUUAGUUUAUUGCGAAAAUCCACUGGUGCUCAUAUAAUGAUAGUUCUGAGGAAUUGUACAGGCUAGUAGUAAGAUAGUGAUCAUAAGUGCACUUCAUAGCUAAGCAUACAUCAUCAGUUCUCUUAUAAAUCAUCUCUGUUUUUUUUCUUCUCAGAUUAGCAUUGUGAUGCCAAUUACGAAUAAAGGCCCAAUGUUUAUUUUCCUAUCACUGUUUUCUUGACUACCAUGAUAAUGUUUAGUACACAAAGUAUUCAUGUGGAAUUUUAUUUCAAUAUAUGCAAGCUGUCACUUUAGUUUGAAGUAUUUAUGUCUAUGACAUGUGCUGUAAAUCUGUAACUUAAAAUAAUGACUUUGUAAUUGUUAACAUGAUUAAUCAACACACCUAUUAUAUAUUUUACGCUAGAGGUGCAUAUAUUUUAGUUCAAUUGAAAUAAUAUUUUGAAAUCUAUGAAUAUAUAUUAUUAUUAUAUAAUAUUGUUGACAUUAUAACUACCUGGUAUGUCACGUAAAUUUGGAUAUUUAAUUAAUUUUAGAAUGUGUCCUGAAAUGAUAGAAUUCAUGUUUGCAAUUUUCCAUUAUUCAAAGCCACAGCUUUACACUCUGUCAUAGAUUUAGAGAUAUUACAUGUAUAUUUAUAAUAUGCGGAGUCUUUGUAAUGUAAUCUGUCUUGUAUGUUUCACUUGCUCGAAAAAUAGCGUGGCUUUUAUUAUAAAAUUGACAUGUAUUUGGUUUGUAUGGCUUCAAGGAUGGUAGUGCCUCGUGUUAAAAUGUUGUUAGUGAAUGGUUUUGAUACUUAAUUAUCUUGCAAUGCAGUUUUACCUUUAAUAUAUAGGUGACCUUGUGUUUCAUGGAUUUGCAAUUUGAUGAACAGCAACCAUUUAUUUUUCAAAUAAUUUAAAUGGAAGUGAUUGACUUUCUACAAAAGCUGAUUACAUGUAGGGGGGUUAAUUUCUGUUGUUGAUUGAUGGUAAUGUCUCGAGUUCUAACUUACAGUAUUCAUGUAAAUAGUCAUUUAAGCAGAUAAGACAUAUUUUCUUUUAUCAACAAUAAACAAUUUCCCAUACAUAGUGCUACUGAGGUAUUAAUCUGAUAUUAUAUAGUUAAACCCUGCUAGAAAUUCCUGGAGUUUUAUCUGAGGAAAAGUUUUAGGACGUAAUUAUCUGGUUGUACAAUACAUUGUACAUGUAUUUCAAACUGUCAAUAUACUAAACUGUUAAUUUAACAACAAAUCUAUUCUAUUUCUUUUUAUGUAUUUUGUUUGAUGCACAAAAGCAAGCUGUACCAGUUGUGUAUUCUUUUAAUAGCUGUAUAUACAUCUGUUCUGUUUUUCAUUGUCUACCCUAUGUGCCUUGCUUGUUAUUACAUAAUUAAUCUUUACAUUUUUAUCUUACAACUGUUAUACUUGGGUGGGUCAUAUGAUUGGAUUAUUGUAUGAUAUCACACAAUGUUUUCAUUGUUUAAUGUGAUGUCUUUAAAUUUUGGUGAUUGUUUAAAAAAUAUAUGCGUAUCAUUACAAUGAUUUCUCUUUCCUUGUCUAUCAGUUGUGCCCUUUUCAACAGCAUCAUGGUCAAUGAUCUAAUAAAUGCCAAAGAAUUGAAUGUAACCAUAUUUACCAUGCCACAUUAAUAACCAUGUACAUAGUUACAAAGGCUUUGAACUAAUUUUAAUGUAAAUAAGAUUUUUGUGCUAAAGAAUGUUUCAUAAUACCUAAAAGUCUGGCCAAAAAUUACCCCCUCUAAGGUUGUGUGUGGCUUAAAAUGUUCAUUUUUUGGCUAACUCUACGCAAAUGUAAUGAGCCUGUGCUUUGAAUUCCAAGAGCUUUUCUGUUUGGUGAAAACACUGCAGUUUUUAAGUUAACAGUACACAUUCGUAGGCAGAACUGUUGAACAUUUUAUAUGAAAAUUUUGUCCCAGUCUUGCCACUAGAAUCUGUCCAUUUGGUGUAUUUUCCCCUGUUAGUGGUAAUGGAAGCCUUCAAGUUUGGUGUCAUACCCAAAUCAUGUUUUACUUAAGAGGCUGUUAAGUUUUGUUAUGAUAGAUGUUUAUACAGAAAAUUGUGUUCAAAUCAAAUUUUUACCUGCUUUGAAAUUUAUUGUAGAUUCAACUUUGCAUGCUGCUUGAAGUUGUUCAGUAUUUUGCUAUUUUGAUUUUUUCAAACUGAAAAAGGAUUUGAUGUUAAUUAUUUUCUUUGUAGAAUAUAACAGUAAUAACCAUUAUAAUGUUGCAGUUUGUUACAGAAAAAGAAAAGUGUGUGUUAAACAUUCCAUUUCAGUCUUGUUUUUAGUUUGUUGGAUAUUUAAUGACAGCGUUGCACUAGAAAAUCUUACACCAACUUGUGCUUACAAUUGAAUAACUGAGAAUGUCUUAAAAGGAUAAGUUCUGAAAAUCACAAAAUUACAAGUAUAGAUUUAUAGUAUGUAUAGUCGGCUUUGCUUGAUUUUUUCCCAUUCAAAUGUACAUACAUUGUUAUAUUGCUCAAAAUUUGAAUAUAAAAUACACAAAUGAUAAAUUACUGUCAAAUAUUAGAGUUUCCUAAAAGUAUUUAUUUAUUGUCAAAGGUUAAGGUUUCUCAAAAGCUUGUUUCUCAUUUUUAUCACAUGAAAGUUACUGUUAUACGGUAUACAGCCUUAAUAUUGAAUACAGCCUUUAAAAAGUACAAGUAAUAUACAUAUACAGCUGUGUAAAGUUACUAUAAAACUGAUGUAUAAUUAGAACAUGCAUAUUCAUAAAUAGGGAAAUCAAAAUGCCUACAGUUUCUUUGUGAUUUACAAGUUCUAGUGUAUUAUUUUAUUAAUAUUGUUAUUUAGUUUAUAAAUGAAUAAAUAUAUAUAUAUAUAUUAGUGUACCAUGGUCGGACUGACUUAAACUGUUUUUACAACCUGAAAUUAUAAAGAAUUAAUAAGUUUAAAUGAGAUGUUAUCCCAGAAUGUUACAACAGUUUCCAGCUGCUAUGUGAAUGUCGGUUGGUAGGAAAUGUAUGAUUUUAAGUAACAAAAAAAUGUAUUGUUUGUAUUGAAGGUAAUAUACCAUUAAAGUAAUCUGUAGGUGUUUUACCAUCAAUAUCAUUCCAUAAAACAUCAGUGUAAAUCAUUAUAAAGUGUGAAGUUCCUGAAAAUGUACAUGAGUGAUGUAGCUUAGAUAAAACCUUGGUCAAUGUUCUGCAUUUCAUUAAUCUAAAAAUUAAAGGAAUAGACGAUAUUCGUAAUUCAACAUCAUUGGGUAAUCUUCCAGAAUUCCUUCAUGCGUCAUGUGGUAUAUACAAUCCUGUAUUUUAGCAUUAAGCUAAAAUGAAUUAUCAUUUUGAUGUCGCUUUUCAAAAGAUUAUUAAUACAGUAUUGUUAAGUAACACCAUCGUGAAAAAUUAGAAAUUAACAAACAUUCUAAUGAGUGCUAAUUUACAUUAAAUAAAAAACAAAAGUUUUCUCUGUACCUGCUGGAAUAUUCAUUAAACCCCUGAAUAAGUUCUGAAUAACGUCUAUUGCUUAAACAAUGUGCUUCGGAGUGCCAUAGUUCAACCUUUAUUUUCGAGAUGCUUUUUGUAUGUAUUUGGUGAAGAAGAAAGAUGUUUAUAUUUGUAUACACUUGAAAUCGGGACAUGUUUUGAGUAAUGAAAUGCAUCACAUUUGUAAUUAAAUAGACCUAAAUAAUGAUUACUUGUAUUGGGCAGAACAUUUAUAAGACAAGCUUUUAUACAUGUAUCUGAAUAUAUAUUAUAAUAUGGUACCAAUGUCAAAUAUAACAUUGUAUUGCCAAUAAAAUAUGAAAUCGGAAAAA